AUGUUUUACCUACGCUCACAACCCUGGGACUGGCUGUCUGGAAUAACCAGUUUGACCACUUUUAUAUUGUUAGCUGUGCUGUUUCCUGAACCGGGGUCGGCCAGUUCCCAUCCCCAGGCUCCUCUUUUGCCGCCGCAGAGACCAUUAGAAGAUUUAAGCCCUAUUCCAAGUAGCCACGAGUUUACCUUGCGCCACAUAUUCCAUCGUGACACAUCCAAGGACGGUGAGAUCCACGCCAGAUUAGAUGUACGCCCUGGCACCCACUUGGUGGCUCUUUCGGACGAUGGCUACCAGGAGGAAUAUAUCACAGCAUCGAAUCCCUUGAUCGCGUUAUCAAGUCCUCUUGAUAUACAACGCAUGGCCGAUCGUCGCGUAUCAGCAAUGGAGGACCGCCUAGCAGCAGCACGGCUCUCCGGAACUAUGGUAGCCUCGUCGCCGCUGGAAUGGGUAUUGGACACGCUCCCCGGCCCAAAUAUCAGCAACAAGGAGACGGUAUUAACCCUUGCCAGAAUGACUGCAAAUGACUAUAUUGCGGAGCCUGGUACCGAAGACUGGCAGAUUAUUCAUGGCGGCUUCAACUAUUCAAAUAGUUUUGGAUGGAAUGGAGAUGGGCUAAGGGGUCAUAUUUACUCCGAUCAAACAAAUAAAACAAUUGUUAUUUCGCUGAAAGGGACCUCACCAGCGCUUUUCGAUGGUGCAGGUACCACUACGAAUGACAAGAAUAAUGACAACCUUUUUUUCAGCUGUUGUUGCGGCCAAGGAGGUUCUUACUUGUGGAGACAAGUCUGUGAUUGUCAAAAUACGACGUACACAGCGAAUUUGACUUGCAUUGUCGAAGCCAUGAACGAUGAGAACCGGUAUUACAAGGCCGCAAUCGAUCUUUAUUCCAACGUGACUGCAAUCUAUCCCAAAUCCAACAUUUGGUUGACUGGCCAUUCUCUGGGAGGUGCUAUGACUAGCUUGUUGGGCUUGACCUUUGGGCUCCCCGUCGUAACCUUUGAGGCUAUCCCUGAGGCUCUUCCAGCGGCUCGCCUGGGUCUCCCGACCCCACCCGGUGAAGAUCCACGGUUCCCACAGAAUCGGCGAUACACGGGGGCCUAUCAUUUCGGACAUACAGCAGAUCCGGUGUACAUGGGAACAUGUAAUGGGAUAAAUUCUGUCUGCACAUGGGGCGGAUAUGCAAUGGAGUCUGCUUGUCACACUGGCCAGAUGUGUACAUACGAUACAGUGGCUGAUAAGGGUUGGCGCGUCGGCAUUGGCACCCACAAGAUCAAAAGUGUCAUUUCAGAUGUUUUAGAAGCCUAUGACGAUGUUCCAGGGUGCGCACCGGAAGAGGAAUGUUAUGACUGCGUGCUCUGGAAAUUCUUCCGCAGCAAUGGUUCUGAAAAUACACCGACCACGACUGCAACGACCACAUUACCUACAUUUACCCGGACAGCGACCUGCGAAACCCCCGGCUGGUGGGGCUGUCUUGAUGAGACAACCUCCACUACUACGAGCGCUACCACUACUACUACUUCGACUUCGACCUGUAAAACACCAGGCUGGUUCGGGUGCAACGACCCAACUACCACUACUGCAGCCACCACGUCAUCAUCCACGUCCACUGCCACUGCCACUACCACAUCAUCUACAUGCAAAACUCCAGGUUGGUUUGGAUGUAAAGACCCGACUACAACCAUGCCACCAGCGACUCCGGGGCCUACUGCCAUGCCAACAAAUCCGGCUGUAACUUCAACAAGCUGCCAUGAUCCUGGGUGGUUUGGGUGUCAUGAUCCUACAUUGACAACCACGACCGCCACUGGCUCAACGCCGGCAUCCUCUACCUGCAGCACUCCAGGAGUUUUCUGGGGGUGUUGGGACAAGUCCACUAGCACCCUUACUAUUACGUCGACCUCUACGAUAAUACCCUCUUCUACAUCAUCCCCUGCCCCUGAUACAUGCACUCAUAGAAUAUUCUUUGGCUUGAUCUGCCUUGACUAG